ACAACAACAACACAACAACAACAACAAUUCUCAACUGGAUCAGCAGCAGCAGCAAAUACUUUCACCUUCAGCAGCUACAACGACACCCACAAUCCCGAUACAUCCCCCGACACAAUCGAUGAAGUUCGACAACCUGGUCCACAUAACGGAGCACCAGUGCAUCAUCGUCAACAGCAAGAAGAGGUGGAAGUGCAGCGAGUGUCCCAAGAUGUACAGUACGAAACACAACCUCGUCACGCACAUGCUCGGCCAUAAGGGAAUCAAACCUCAUUUCUGUUCUCUUUGUGGAAAAUAUUUUAAGCAGAUCAGCCACCUGUCGACGCACAUGUUAACGCACGGAAACAUCAAACCUCACUCAUGUCCAAUAUGUUUCCGAAGUUUCACCCAGUCAUGCCACGUGAAGCGACACAUGGUGGUGCAUGAACACGACAAAUCGCACGUCUGCUCGGUCUGUGGCAGAGGAUUUGCUUAUGCUAAUGAUCUUAAGAAGCAUUAUCUCAAGCACGAGACAUCGUGUGACCAGUGUGAGAUGAGAUUUGAGACGAAGGAGCAACUAAUAAACCAUCGCUCCAUCCAGCACAAGGAGAUGUUCACGUGCGUCGAGUGCGACAAAGUCUUUGCCUACCCGAGCCAGCUGAAGCACCAUUACUCCAAACACAACAACAUCAGGCCAUUCAUAUGUGGAGAGUGUGGAGUCAACUUUAUGAAGGAGCACCAUCUGAAAGCCCACAUGUUCACCCACACGGGCCUCAAACCGUACGACUGCAAGACCUGCGGCAGGGCAUUCAACCAGAAGGCCAACCUGAGACGCCACAUUCUGAUCCACGACGCGCAGAAAAAGUACUCGUGCGACGUUUGCGGCAAGCUGUUCACGCAGUUGCAGAUUCUGAGGGCUCAUCUCAUCACGCAUCGAGAGCUUAAACCGUUUCAAUGUAAAGUCUGUGAUAAGCGUUUCAGUCGUCUGCACAAUUUGAAUGGACACAUGCACCUGCAUGGCGGGGAUCGGCCGUAUGUGUGUUCUUGUGGCAGUUCGUUCACUCUUAAAGGCAACUUGAAUAGACACAAAAAGGAUAAGAAUUGUCAGCCAAUAGAAAUGAUUGAGCUGGAUGACAUCAUCGACACCAAGCCAAUCCUGGACGUCCUGAACAUGCAGGCUGUCGUCAUGGAUCCGACGGACAAGGGAAUGUCCAUGAAUGAUGACCAACAAAUGAAAAUUGAUUCAGAUGCCACUGCUGACAAGCAUCUUGAGAACUUGCAUAGCAUGCAAAACAACAACAACAAUGACGGAGAUGACGAUGACGAAGACGACGACGAUGCAGAGGAUGAUGAACAGAAGAACUGCAACGAGCUUCUUAGCUUCAUGAUGAACAAAGAGAUGGUACAGCAGCAGCACGAGAAUGAAGAUGAGGAGAACAAACAACAACAACAGCAGCAGCAGCAACAACAACAACAACACAUGCCAAAUGAGUACAACUCGUCAGGCUCUUCAUCCAAUCAUGAUAACAACAAUCAUGUUGCUGGUUAACCAGGUGUAAUGGGAGACUAUCGUAGAGACCUUCCCCCAGAGGAUGUCAAUCAAACAAUGCAGACCAAUCAAAACUACCCACCCACAUCAUUCAAUUCCAUUGGCGAUGAUAACCAGAAUAGAAGUAAUAGAAGUUGCAGCGAUGAGAAUGACGAAACUGACGACGACCACUCUAACGAACGAACUGUCGACCAGUCUUGAUACGUUAUUGAAAUUUUUAUGUUAAUAAUCAACAAUGAUAUUGACGAAACAAUUAACAUUUACAUUGUACAUGGGUGCACACACACACACACAUACAUACACACGUUUAUAUAUAUGUGUAAAUUAUAAAUAUAUAUAUGUAUCAUUAUGUAUAAUCUGAAUGCAUGUUUUUCUGAUUUUGUAUAUAGUCUAUACGUGCGUAAUGGUAGUAACAAAUAAACUGGGUUACAAAUGAAUUAGAUUUGCAUGUCAGCUGUCAAUCUGAUGAGUUAUUGUCUGUAAAUUUCAAGCAUUCAUGUUGGCUAACGCUCCACGGAUUUUAAAAGUUUAUUUUAAAUUCUUACUUGUUUGCAUUUUAAACUUACGACAUGAAUCUCCGUUACCUUUUUUUACAUUUUUCAAAAAAUUGUUGAGACAACCACCUACAUCAAUGACUCAGACACAUACAAAGCAUCAUCGUUAAUAAAUUUCAUUCACGGAGCAUGCGUUGUUAACACAGGCAUGCUAUUUAAAGUUGAUUCAACCCAUCAAAACCUCAUACACACAUACGCGCGCACACAAUUGUGUGCGUGAUAUACAUGGACCUUAAUUUAGUUUUAUUUUUGUUUUUAUUUAAAAAAAGUCAAAACCGUUAA